UGGUUGGCGGAAGUGGCGUAUUUUGCUGAGAACUUUCCAGCUGCUGUUGGUGACAUUUGGGGGAGAAGAUGAGCGUAUUUGACCUGUUCAGGCGUUUCUUUGAGCCUCCUGGGAUGAGGGAUCCGUUCUUUGGCGGGAUGACUCAGGAAGAAGAGGAUGAAGAUGAGGAGGAUGAAGACUUCUUCCAGGGCCCCCCCGGGCACGGCUUCCAGUCCCCCUCCUGGGGGGGGCGCCCCCCGUUCCACGACCCGUUCGGCUUCGAGGAGAUUUUCCGCGACUUCAAUGAACUCUUUGCCGAUUUUGGUUCCGUGAUCCGCGACGUCCCUCGGUUCCCGGGGAUCGAGCCGCCAACACCGAGUCCAGAAGGAUCCAGAGGAGGUUCCCUGCGAGACUCCAUGCUAAAGUAUCCAGACUCUCACCUACCCAGAGAGCCGAGGUCGUCUUCCCAGGAUCCCCCCGCAGAGGAGGGGCCCCCGCAGGCAGACAGGGCCCCCCAGGGCAGGAGAGGCUGGACGGUGACGGUGACCAGAGGCGAUGAGGUCAUCAGCAGCGGGAGCCUGGAUACCCCCCGGGAUUCCAUCAUCGAUUCCCCAAACUCCAUGCAGCCCCACCAGCCGUCCCUCUCGGAUCUAACAGACACGCAGACUAUCCUGAGCCGCAUCCUGCACAGAUGGUUCUCCAACCGAUGA